AUGAAGAAUUUCAGCGGGACGUGCGCGCGGGCGGAGCGGGGCGGCGUCGUCGCGCUGGAGGGCAUGCGAAGCGCGGCGCCGCCGGGAGCGGUGCUGCGAUUCGCGGAUGGCGGACGGGCGGUGCUGCUGAGCCAUCGGGAACCGAAGACGUUCGCGCUGAUGUUCGACGGCGGCGAGGGAGGGGAGCGGCGACGGACGGGCGACGGCGCGAGGGCGGUGGGGAAGACGGCGGAGGCGAGCAAGACGGAGUUCGUGUGGGGACCGAGCGCGAGGGCGACGCGAGGGAAGAUCGUGGACGCGUUCGGGGAGGCGAGGGAUGGGUCGGCGAUGGUGACCGGAACGGAGGAUUCGUCGAAGAUGAUGCGCGAACCGCCGAGCGUGGAGGAAAGAAAGCCGAUCACGACGCCGCUCGUGACGGGGAUCAAGGCUGUGGAUUUAUUGGCCCCGGUCGGGCGCGGGCAGUGCAUGCUGGUGAGCGGUGAACCGGGAACGGGACUUUCCGAGCUCGGAUUGACAUCGAUCGUGGCGCAAAGGAGUACGGGCGUGCGGUGCGUGUACGCGGCGCUGGGCGCCCAGGCGUCUCGCGUCGACGAAGUCGCGAAGCGAUUAGAGGGAGACGGGGCGAUGUCGCACACCACGAUCGUGACCGUGGACGAUGAACCGAGCGAGGCCGAGCGCUACGCGGCCACGUGCACGGCGUUCGCCAUCGCGGAGGGCGCGCGUGCUUUGGGCGAAGACGUCCUCUUGGUGCUCGACGAUUUCACCGGCUUGGUCAACUUCACCAAGGAUAUGGCGCGCAUGGCACCGCAGUUGAACGUCGCCGAGGGUACGGAAGAGCAAAUGGAAGAGUACGAGGGCAUGUUGAUUUCCGCUUCACUCGCCGAACGUCGCAGAUUCUUAGGUAUGACGCUCCAACGCGUUGCUAGAAUGAACGACGAACUCAAGGGUGGGUCCAUCACGCUCAUGGGCGUCAUGUACCAUCCGAAGGGGGCGUACAAGAAGACGUUCAAAUCUGGGGUCGAAGGCGCCGGUUCGGGUGGCGCUGUGCUCCCGAGCAGCGUCGAAUCGAUCAAGGGUUUCGACUCCAUGCCUGCCGCCGUGCAAGAGAAGCUGCGCAAGGCGCUCGAGGAAAAAGCCAAGGCGGCGCACGUAUCCACGGCGGAUGACGAAUUUCCCGAGUCCGCGUUCGUGCAGUCGCGACCGAUGGUCGAAGAGUUCAUGUCCAUCACUGAUGGUCAAGUUUUUGUCGAUUCGUACGAUCCGGCGAAAGGAUGGAUCAUCAGCGCGAAAGAUUCGGUGAGUCGCAUCGGCGCGCCGGGCGCUGCGGGGCCUUUCCGCUCGCUCAACUUUCUUCAACUUCGCCUCGAUUUGAUGCAAUCGGACGACAUGGGUACGUUUGGUAGCGCUGGAACAGAAAAAAGCAAGCUUCGUAGCCGCUCCGAGGCCAUUCGUGGUUUCCUCAAGCAAAAGCAAGGAGAGGUCGCGUCGCUCGCCGAGCAAACCGUCGGUUUGUUUGCCAUCCAAAAAGGUUUCGCGAACAAUAAGACUGCGGAAGAAGUCGAAGAUAUGCUCGCCAAGGCGGUCAAGCGCGCGACAGAAACAAUGCGCGAGGAGUUAGAGUAUAUUAACACUAACCCAUCGUCCGCGCUUUCGGAGGAGACGAUGACUAAACUCGAAACGUUGUUGAGGAAUCUUUAA